GCUAGUGACUUACCGCCGCUAGCAAGCGCUCGGCCGAACAAAGCGUCUGCUACGCAGCGUGCUGCGCAUAGCUGUUAUCAGCGACGCGCGGGCAGUCCUCCUGAUCCGCGGCUACGGUCUGACAGCGAUCCCGGCGGUCCGGAGGACAAUACUGCUCAAAACAGCCGGAGAGCGUGCUGCAGUGUGCAACAGUUUUUUCGGACGUGGUGCGAAACGCACUGACACGCGACCGCCGAGGACUCCGCGUACGCGCGCACGACGCGGAGAAGAACAGUAGAGGAGGCGACAAUGCCAUGCGGCUACUGCGGCGCGCCGAAUCGCACGGUGCGCCAAUGUUCGUGCGUCCGAGCGCGGCGCUACGUCGCCGCAAACUUAAAAGGCGGUGCGGCCAAGCAUCCCAACCCGCCGCUGAUGCCGCCGCCGCCGCCGCGGCUGAAGCCGCGCCGCCGGAGUCUGCGGCGCUUCGUUUGCCUGCCGCAACGCAAGCCACGACCGCCGCCGCCGCCGCCGCCGCCGCGCCGCGUCGUGACCAAUAUUAGAGGCCUCCCCGUCGAGCUCUACCAGCUCCGGAGGAGCCUCGGCGACGCAGUUAGGGACAGGAACGUGAGGCGGCUGCGGAGCGACAUCGUCGAUCGUGACGGCGAGCACUGCUACUAUUUGAGGUCACGGCGGCCACGCACCGACGUCGACCACGCCUUCGAAUGUCAGGCCAUGGGCCAUAGUCUGACGCAGUGCGAAAGCUGGCAUCGCUUCUACCGCGAGGAGGCCUUCAUCGAUGGAAAGGUCUCCCGGCACGGCGCCCUGCGGAAGCUCUGCGACUCGGUCGCCUCCGUGCAAAAUUCGCUCGAGAACCUGCACCUGCUCGACGACGGCCUCAAUCGCAGCAAGCGCCACGCCUUCUCGGAGUCCUUGGACGCCCUGCGCGCCGGGGGACAAGACGUCGAUCUGCCGCACCUUUUGACGGCACGGUGCGUGAAAUACGCCGACGCUCAUCUGCCGCCGGCCAUCUCCGGCGAGCGCGCCGCGGCGAACUUAAUAAGAGGCCUGCGCGCCGCCGAGGACCCGCUCGCCGACGGUCUCCGCGGCUUCCAUGCGCCACUGUUAGCAGACGCGGCGGCGGCGGUCGUGCGGACGUACGAGGACCUCGGCGUAGCAUGAGUUAUGA